GCAGCCACCGUACUUCCUUCUUGUUGGGCGCAGUCUCUGAGGUUGCGCCGCGUCGUAACAACCGGGAUCUUGUAGCCGAGCGAACAUUUUUUUUGCAGAUAUGAAAGCGAAACCGAGAGGAAGUGUUAUUAUCAAUUAAAUUCAAAAGAGAAAGAGAAGAGGGCCAAACGUCCGGCGAGCGGUGGUAAUGCGGAUUCGAGAUGGGAAACAUUUUUGGCAGAAAGAAGCGGACCCGAGUGACAGAGCAAGACCGCGCUGUGCUGCAACUGAAGCAACAGAGAGAUAAGCUGAAACAGUACCAGAAGAAGAUUCACUUGCAGCUUGAAAAGGAGAGACUGCUUGCAAAACAGCUGCUUCAAGAUGGAAAAAAAGAGAAAGCAUUGCUUUUGCUCAAGAAGAAACGGUAUCAGGAGCAGCUUUUGGAUAAAACUGAAAACCAGAUUGGAAACCUAGAACACAUGGUGCAAGAAAUAGAAUUUGCUCAAAUUGAAAUGAAAGUUAUUGAAGGGUUAAAGAUUGGAAAUGACUGCCUUAAGAAGAUGCAUGAGGUAAUGUCUAUUGAAGAAGUAGAGCGUAUAAUGGAUGAAACACAGGAUGCAAUAGAGUAUCAAAGGCAAAUCGAUGAAAUGCUUGCAGGAUCACUAACUCAAGAAGAUGAGGAUGCUGUACUUGCAGAACUGGAAGCAAUCACUCAGGGAGAAGAAGAAGAACUCCCAGAUGUUUCCACAGAAUCCCUUCCAGAAGUACCAGAAGAUGAGCCAGAAAAGAAGCCUGUCAAACUCAAGCCAAAACCAGAGCUAGUGGCAGCUUCAUAGCUCAAGACUGUGUUUUUUCAAUCCUGCCCAUCUCUGUCUCUCCAAUUUGGUUCAUCUUGAUUUCUUUUAAGUCCUGCUGAAUGAAAAUUUCUUAUUUUACCCAAUGUUUCUAUAGACUUACACCUCCCUUCCGAUUCUCCUGGAGACCUAUAGAGCAUCAUAGACAUCUUGGAGGCUUAAGUACAGGGAAAGAAUUUCAUUAUUUAAAAAAAAAACAACUUCUAUUUCUCCUUAAUAUGCAAACUUAGCAAGUGAUUUUUUAAGUUUUAUUUUUCAUUUCAGUUUGAUAUUGCUCCCUGAGGGUGUUUUUUUCUUUAAUAUUAUUCUUAUGCUAUUGUGCUUCACUCUUAAGUGUUGGUGAAGCCAAAGAUGCAAUUAAUGAGAACUACUUUUAAUCAAUAUAUUAAAACCACUACAGUAUUCAGUACCUGUUGACUACAUGGUCAUAUUCCUCAGAUGUUUAGUUUAUACCCUUGAGACUGACAGGAUGCCUGACUAAGCAUAUUUGCUGCUUUUGUGUAAGAGCAUAUUAUAUAAUGACAAAUAGUGACACACAACACCAUAUUCAAGCAGUGCAUGUUCGGAGAAUAUUGCUUUAAAAGGUGAAAGUGGCACACCUUGUUUUGAAAAGGAUACGGUAUCAUUCAGAUAGAAAUAGUUUUAACAGUAGAUCAUGAAUCAACAGUGAGAUGUUUUUGAUCUGGAAAAAAAAAUAAACUAUUGGGAUUACUUUUUAGAGAAUAUCUGCUCCUAAGGGAGAACUUUCACAGGAACAGUGACCAUGUUGUCCAGUUUUUAUUUUGUUAAUAAUACAGGAGACACAUAUGGUUAUGUGUUAAUCCCAGUUUUGCCAUGUGCGAUAACUGCAGUUGUGUUGUUUAAUUAUCAGUUUAUCUACAGGUCUAGCAUGGAAUAGUACUCUUGCUGAAAGGUGCAAAGUAAUAAAACAGUUUUCAAAAGCAAAGAACAAAUGAGUAAAUUUCUCAUCAUCUGUGCCUUUAAGACCAAUUGAAUACUUGCCUGUUUUAGUCAACAUUAGUUAAUGCUUAUCCUGAUAGUAUAUCAUUGGUUGAGUUAGGUUUGUUUUUUUUAUGUAUAAAUUUUCUGGUAUGCUGAAAUAAUCAUUACUUAUUAAGUACAUUGUCUCUAGACUUAAUUUUCAUUUUCACGUCAUAAAUUAAGAAUAAUGUAAAUGUCAGUAGAUGAGAAAGACACACUUCUUAGAGUUUUGCUAUUUUAUUUUCAGUCUGUCCAGUUGAAGAAUAAUGUAUUAAAAACUUUUAUAUCUUGCCCCUGAAUUAUUUACAUUUGUUAGAUUUUGAAUGCUCAUUAUAUUUAUACUGAAGACUCUGCAGUCUUAAAUCUGCUAUCAGCAGUCAUGGGCUGUUCUUCAUUAUCAGACCAGUGCCAGAAGUGAUGAUUGUGGCUAUAUCUUUCCUGUACUUCCACAUCACUAAUCAAAUAAUCCUGACAGAAAUACCCUUUUCUUUCUUAUGGAUAUUCAGUGUUAAAUGAGAUUUUGAUUUUUAAUCAAUUCCCAGACUCCUCUUAUCAAGCCUGCAAUGUUUGUUGUUGAAUAAAAGGCAGUAUCCUUUUUGUUUAUUCAUAAAUCUUGCUGCUUAAAGAAAAAACAUUAAAAAUACUGAAAACUG